AUGCCGCCGCUUCCAACAACACGACCCUUCCGCGCCGAACUCACAAAUCUAUUUUCUGCUAAGGAGGAGGAGGAGGAGGAGGAGGAUUCGAAGGCCUCUCCUCCACCGUCCCAGCACCGCCAGAUUAGCACGAAGUCUUCUUCUCUCGGACGUGCGCCUCCAAAGUCCGGGGAGCCGAGGAGCUGUUCGGGAUUUUUGGGCAGGGAGCGGAUAGCGGGGGUGAGUUUGUUGCGGAUCGUCGAGGGGAUGUGUCUUUUCGCGCUCCUCGGAGAGGUAGUCCGCAAAGGAGGGGAGGGUGAACGGGACGGAGGGAGUGGAGCUAGGAAUGGGGAGGGCCAGGAUUUCCCGGGGAGAGAGAGAGAGAGGAGGAUGGAAGAGGAGGAGGAGGAGGAGGGAGUGGAAGUAUUGGACCGAGCGGAGGAUGUCGGGGGAAAAGAGGAGGAUGGAGGAGGACGAGUAGGAGGGAAGGGAGUGGAAGUAUUGGACCGGGCGGAGGAUGUCGGGGGAAAAGAGGAAGUGGACGACGCGGUUUUCGUUGGCGAGUGA